GGCCAGGAAUCAUUAGGCUGGGUAGCAGAGCUGGGCAUUUGGGGAAUCUAGAUCCCUGGGUCCUGGGGAGGAAUCCUGAAGUGGCUGGGGGGCUUGGAGCUGGUUCUUUGUCUUAGUCCAGAGCCUUAUGUAAGAGCUCUUCUCGGGAAACAGGAAGUUUUGCUUGCCAAGUUCAGCACAGGGAGCAGAGCAAGCCUUAUUCCAACACACCCGGCCCCAGCCUUAACCCCAGCACCCAGCCAGUUUCUUGUCCCUGGUUUGCUCCCUCCCAAACCCUACCUCCCUUUUCUCACUUUCAGUCACAUCUAGCAAAUUCCCACAAGGGUCUCUCCCUUGUCUGGCCCACAGGGUCUUCAACACUCGCCCCAAACCCUCCACACUGCCCAGCAUGUCCCCCAUCCCUGCUCCUGGCACCAUGCCCCAUAGCCAGCCAACCUUCCCUCCCCCAACUCUGGAGCCAACCCCGCGUUCCUGAGCACUGGCCGCUCCUCCUGGGUGUCACUGGCAGCCCUGUUCUUCUUAGAGAGACUGGCACUAAACUCUCCUGAGGCUAGGGGAGGCUCAAGGUGACACUAGCCCCACAGCAGGGUGCUUGGAACACCAAAGUACCCCCAGCUUGCUUUCCCUUCCCUCCUUUUUAUUCUCAAGUUCCUUUUUAUUUUUCCCUUGCGUAACGCUUUCUGCACCACUGCCUGCACCCUCACGCUCCUCAGCCACCUCCUGGCCACCCCAUUCCUGAGACCACAGCUGUUGGUAGGGUCCCUGGCUCAUGCCAGCCUCAUCUCCUUUCUCACUGUCCCCCAAGAGCCCCUUGGACAACAUGGGGUGCACAGUCCGAGAGUCAUCACUCUCAGUUGCUCUCUGGUUGAGUUGUGGGGCAGCUCUAGGGGCUGUGGCUUGUGCCAUUGCUCUGCUGACCCAACAAACAGAGCUUCGAAGCCUAAGGAGAGAGGUGAGCCAACUACAGAAGAGUGGAGGACCCUCCCAGAAAGGGGAAGGGUCUCUCUGGCAGCGUCUUGGCGAACAGAGACCUGAUGUCCUGGAAGCCUGGGAGAAUGGGGAGAGAUGGAGGAGGAGGAAAAGAGCAGUGCUCACCCAGAAGCGGAAGAAGAAAAACUCAGUUCUGCAUCUUGUUCCCAUUAACGUUACAUCCAAGGAGGAUUCUGAUGUGACAGAGGUGAUGUGGCAGCCAGCUUUUAGGCGUGGGAGAGGUCUGGAGGCCCAAGGAUGCAUUGUCCGAGUCUGGGACGCUGGAGUUUAUCUGCUGUAUAGCCAGGUCCUGUUUCAUGAUGUGACUUUCACCAUGGGUCAGGUGGUAUCUCGGGAAGGCCAAGGAAGGCAGGAGACUCUAUUUCGAUGUAUAUGCAGCAUGCCUUCUGACCCUGACAGGGCCUACAAUAGCUGCUACAGUGCAGGUGUCUUCCAUUUACAGCAAGGGGAUAUUCUCAGUGUUGUAAUUCCCCGGGCAAAGGCAAAACUUAGCCUCUCUCCACAUGGAACCUUUCUGGGGUUUGUGAAACUGUGACUGUGCUAUAAACAGUGAGCUGGGAAGGCCAGUAUGGGUUACAAACAUACUGGAGAUGGAAAAGAGCUGGCUAGCAAAACCUGGGGAAUAGGCAGGAAGAGAAACCCUCUCCUUGCGUUUGCCUUUAUGACUCUAUUUUUCCUAAACUCUGGGCUAACAGGUAUUAAAGAGAUAGAAUAUCUUGCUUUUAUCUCCCAUGAAGCCCUGUAUCCUUGUGUUUGUGCGUGGGAAUGGGAAGGAGGGUGCAAGGCAUUGUCCAGGCCCGCUAUGGGUCUAUUGGAAUGCAUCCAGGACAGCACCACCAUCUAGUGGCUAUUUGAGGGAACAGUCCUGCCUCUUGGCAGAAGUCAGGAAGCGUCUUCCUCCAACUCGGAAAAAUCCCUACGUCCCUAUGCCACGCCUCUCUCCAAGUAUCCUCAACUUUUUCACCCAACAAAAGCCUCCUCCUCGCUUCUAUCUAUUGUGCCACAGUUUCCGUGACUAUCUCCAGAGAUGCAUCUAUUACGCGCCCGUCUGCAGCGGGUGCCCGAAGACGAAGAUGGGAGGCCCUUUCGCAGCCAUAUUAUUCUUCGGGUCCCACGUUUUGCCGUUCAUGCUUUCCAUUCCCGUGGCGUGGAACGCCACUUCAAGUCCCUCCCGGAUGGGACUGGUGCCCAGGAAGCCACCGAUGUAUCCUAUGCCCUGACAUUGCUCUUGCCUCAGUCCUCUGAGCUCUUCUGCUCAAUGCUCACUUUAAGUUAAAUAAAAGAAUGUGUGAUACCCCGACUCAGUUCUCCUAGCGCCUUGGCUUGGGCAGUCCUUGUAAUGGGACCUCCCUGCCCUU